AUGCCUCAAGUAGAAAUAUUUGUUGGAAAUAUUGCUCGAGAUAUUUCAAAACAUGAACUUGAAAAUAUUUUUGAAAGUUAUGGUCAUGUAGUUAGAUGUGAACUCAAGCUAGGAACAUCAGGUUAUGCUUCAAGUUAUGGUUUUCUUGAAUUUGAAUCAAAUUCCGAUGCCGAAGCUGCUAUUAAAGGAGAAAAUGGUCGAGAACAUCAAGGCAAAGCAUUGAUAGUUCAAUGGGCACGAUCAACACGGCGUGGACCACCAUCACAUGGUGGCGGUGAUCGUGGUGGUGAUCGCGGCGGCGAUCGUGGCGGUGACCGUGGCGGUGAUCGCGGUGGCGACCGGGGUGGCGACCGUGGCGGCAAUCGUAAUAAUUUAACAUGUUAUAAUUGUUCACGUCCUGGACAUAUUUCUCGUAAUUGCCGAGAAACUCGAGGUGCUGGUGAUCGAGGUGGUGGUGAUCGAGGUGGUGGUGGCGGUGAUCGUUAUUCUGAUCGACGAAAUAAUAAUUAUGAUCGUCGUGGUGGAGAUCGCGGCGGGGACCGUGGUGGUGAUCGCGGAAAUUAUCGUCGUCGUUCUCCAUCACGAUCACGAUCACGAUCACGUAGUCGAUCAUAA